AUGUCGGACAGUAUUGGUGCGGUGCGUACGCUGAGGCGGAAGAACGUCAAGGGCCUUGCUUUGGCUGCCCCCGCACCGCGAAAUGUAGCUCCAUCAGAGAGCGACCGCCAGAUACCCGGAGGCAUCGGCAGUGAGAGUUCCCGGCAGACCGCACAAUUGGAGAUUGGGAUCGAGUACAAGCUUGACUUGAAGAGAGAAGAUUUAGAAGUCUUGAGAGAUCUCGGUCACGGCAAUGGGGGAACAGUUAGUAAGGUUCGACACAUGGCAACCGGGACCAUCAUGGCGAGAAAGGUUAUCCAUGUUGAAGCCAAGAAUGAAUUACGCCGUCGGAUUGUUAGGGAGCUCCAGAUCAUGUACGAUUGCAAUUCAGAAUACAUCGUCAACUUCUACGGGGCCUUCUUGAGCGACAACAACGAUGUUAUCAUGUGUAUGGAAUACAUGGAUGUUGGUGCGCUUGAUAGAAUUUCGCAAAACUUUGGUCCUGUAAGAGUUGAUGUACUUGGAAAGAUCGCAGAGGCAACCCUGGGAGGUCUUACCUAUCUUUACACCAAACACCACAUCAUGCACCGAGAUAUCAAGCCGUCAAAUAUAUUAGUCAAUUCGAAGGGACAGAUCAAGCUUUGCGAUUUUGGUGUAUCAGGGGAGUUGGUCAACUCGGUGGCGGAUACCUUUGUUGGGACUUCGACGUAUAUGGCCCCCGAGCGGAUUCAAGGUCAGAAGUACACGGUCAAAUCUGAUGUCUGGAGUUUUGGCUUGGCAAUUAUGGAGUUGGCUAUUGGGAAAUUCCCGUUCGAUGCGAGCGAGCACCUGUCUGACGGUGAUGGAGCUCCGGCGGGCAUUCUGGACCUCCUUCAACAAAUCGUCUAUGAACCGGCGCCCAAACUGCCGAAGAGCGACGCUUUCCCCCAAAUUCUUGAGGAUAUGAUACAAAAGUGCAUGGCCAAAGCCCCGGAGGAUCGGCCAACACCUCAGGAACUUUACGAGCGCGAGCCCUUCGUGCAGGCUGCCAAGCGGACCCCUGUCGACUUAAAGGAAUGGGCAGUGGGUUUGUUAGAAAGAGACAAUCGUAAAUCUCACCUUGCUCCGCAACUCUCGCCAGCAACUCAAGCAGCCUUACGCUCCGGCGACUCGCCCCUUGGGGGACCGAACUUAUCGAACUCUCCGGACUACUCCUUACCCACACCUACAUCAGGCGACAUUCCCAUCGGUGGUGGUGACAUCCGUUCAGCUACCACUUCGCCGCAAUACCAUGAAUCCAUCAGCAAUUCUAGGUCGCCUAACAUGAAUGGAACGAUUACUUCCGGACGCUCUUCCAAUGCACCAUUUCAUCCUGGCCUUCCAACUCGAGUCUCGACCACAAACUCUGUACCAAAACACUCAACAAUCAGCUCCACUGAGCACGCAGCAUCUGGUGGAUCCGCCAGUGCCACCGCUCCUACUUUCAGUUCAACAACUCUUCCAAUGCGACCGGCACCCACUGGACCCUUGCCACCUCCUGUCCCAAAGAAGGAAAGCAGUGAUAUAGACCCCAAGAGGGAGAGCCGGAGACAGGCUACAUUUGGCAACGGCAUGUACAGCUCUGGAUAUCCCACUGGCGGUUAUUAG